AUGGCAAGUGGUUCUGGUGCUGAUCCAAUUCACUCAACAUUUACUAAUUCCAAUGUCAAUAUAACAAGUGGUCAUGCUGGAAUGUAUCCAGUUCAUAGAAUAGGCACUGAUUUUGACAUCAAUAUCAUCAGUCCAUCGCAACAAGAUAAAAUCGGUUCAGGAAAUCUGCUGACGCCUGAUGAACAAACAAUUGAUGAUGAAAAAGAGACAAAAAAUAAACUUUUUGUUUGA